AUGUCGACCACAAGUACAGUACUUCUGUUCAUCACUUCUAUUUGCGGUGUUGUAAUUGUUUCCAGUCUCUUGGUGGCUGGAUCGCUAUUCUUUGAUGCUCAAUCAUUCUUGGAAACUUCACUAGACGAUAUGGAAUCAUUCAAACAUUAUUCUGAUGUAGCCUGGAAAGAUAUGAUUUCUUCAAACACUUUCGACAGAAAGAAGAGAGAUGAAGAAGACAAAUCAUGCGGUUGUCCAUGUGCCAAAGGACCGAACCACUGCCCACCAGGAGAGACUGGACCACCAGGACCACCAGGACUUCCAGGAGCUGAUGGAGAAGCUGGAAACCCAGGAAAAGACGGAAACGCUGGAUUUUCCUUGGUGUUCGAGGACGAGAAGCUUCCAUGCAUCAAGUGUCCAGCUGGAGAACCAGGAGCUCCAGGACCAGAUGGAGAACCAGGAGCCCCAGGACCUGUCGGUCAACCAGGAGCUCCAGGACCAGCUGGAAACCCAGGAGCACCAGGAGAGGCCGGACCAGAAGGAGAACCAGGAGAUGCUGGAGCACCAGGAGAGGCUGGAGCAUCAGGAGCAGAUGGAAAGAACGGAAGCCGUGGAGCAGGACUUCCAGGACCAGCUGGACCAGAAGGACCUGCAGGAGAGCCAGGAAAGGAUGGCCAAGAAGGAGUCCAUGGAGAAGUUGGAGCUGAUGGAAGUGAAGGAAUUCAAGGAGCGCCAGGAAAAGAUGGAGAGAAGGGAACUGAUGGAGUCGCAGGCCAAGAUGGUGCUCCAGGAGCUCCAGGACCAGAUGCUGCAUACUGCUCUUGUCCAGAAAGAACUAAGAUUGUGUUUGCCAGUGAAUCUCCAUAG